AUGGAAACAGAAUCUGUGGCAGAGCAAACGCUGAAGGGGAAAGUGGCCAUCGUUAGUGGUAGUGCUCGUGGUAUCGGAGCAGCUGUGUGUAUUGAACUGGCGUCAAGAGGUGCUCUGGUGAUCGUCAAUUACCCUUGGCCAGAACAGAAAACGGACGCAGAGGCGGUUCUGGGUCAGAUCGCAAAGACUCAAGGCUCAGCGGCAUCCAAGUGCCUUGCAAUUGAGGCCGAUUUGUCCACUCUUGAUGGCCCUCAACACCUUGUUAACGAAACAGUUCGCUUGACGGGCGGUAAGAUCGAUAUUCUCGUCAAUAAUGCUGGGAUAGCCGUCAUGCGACUGCUAAAAUAUGUGGCCCUUGAUCAGUGGGAUUCACAAGUUAAUUUGAACGCUCGAGGCAUGCUUCUCCUCACCCAAGCCGUUCUUCCUCAUCUCGCGCAAAACAGCCGAAUUGUCAACGUGAGCAGCACUGGUGCUCGACAAGGUUACGUUGGAUCGACUAUUUACAAUGGCACAAAAUCGAUGGUCGAGUCCUUCACUAGGUGCUGGGCUUUGGAGUUAGGAAGGCAAUAUGGAUGCACCGUCAAUGCUGUCGAACCAGGUCCAACAAAUACACAUGGCUUCAAUCACGCUGGCCCCAGUUUCCUUGAGAAGAUCCAGCCGAUGCUGGACGCGACCCCGAUGGGAUCUAGAAUGGCAGAUCCCUCUGAGAUCGCUUACGCAAUUGCAUUCCUGUGCGAGAGGAGGAGUGGCUGGAUAACAGGAGCCUGCAUCCCUGUGAACGGAGGGUUCUUAAUGACCUAG